AUGGAAAAUAUUAAAAUGUUAGCUCUAAGCGGGCUUGUGGAGCUCACUUUGGAUGCGCGAUGCGGGGAUAAGUGGGACGGGUUGUGGGUACUCACUUCAUUUUCUGGCACAGUGAACCAAACAGGAUCUUGGCCUCCGACACUAAAAGGCGACACUGCUCUCUACUCUUGGCUGUUUCUUGCCCGUUUGCAGAUUGGAGAGCGCUCAGAUCUUUCUGGACUUCAUCCUUCCAGCGAUGUUGCGUCACUCCGGAUGGGUGACCCAAAUAUUAUCGGCGAAACGAAGGCCGCGAGACUGCAUUGGCUCGGCCACUUGGAGAGGAGGGGGGAGGAGCGUGCCAUCAAGAGAGCACGUAUGUGGAUGCUAGACGGGAAGUUUCUUCCCUUCCAACCGAAACCGGAUGAGCGAUGGAUCCACAUAUUUUUCGGUCGG